AGAAGCCCCACGAAACUUGCUCAAGACAAUGUGGCACCCAAGGAAACUUGCUCAAUAUCUUGAGGUUGUGGAAGUCUUGGCCACAAUGGCAUAUACGUGCUUGUGCCCCACCCAACCUUUUCCUGGGUGGACAAAAGGGUCCUCAGGGGUGCAACAAGCACGUUCUUCGCUUGGUGCGGACCAGUGCGCACCCGGAUGGCUGCCCGGAUUCAACCUGCCCGCAAACUGACCGCUCAAGUGUAGACUAAAAAGACAGAAGAACCGAGAUACUUGUACAUUUUGACCGCCAGGUCAUAAUUCCAAAAUUGAAACGAAAUCAUGACCCGGCCUUUUACUACCAAACCCCUGCAGUUGGAGAGGACAUACAUUGAGUCCAGGCUUUCCUUGAUCUUUGUCUCGAGGUCUGUCACAAGCAAAUCAUCAUUACUCCGCCAGAUCAGUCACGAUGUGUGGCGGAAGUGAGAGAGACCUACAGGACCCCAAACGCUACGGGGCUCUCGCUGUGGUCGAGGACAGCGGCGUCGCCCAGGAACCAGACCCAGCGAGCUUGGCCGGCCAGCUCCUUUUCUUCAACGCAAAUGACCACAGGAGCCCUGUGGCUACGCAUGUUCGAUUUACCCCAUCCAUAACCAGCUGCAUGCAUCACGACCUGAAUUUGACUAUCUUCUCAACCGGAGACUUGACAGUCCCCCGUGCCGAGUGCAAGGAACUGGAGAGCUUCACCAUUCCCAGACAUGGCAGCUCAGCCACACCGGUCGAGAAAAGGCUGGAGCAACAGCUCCUUCUCCAGGUCGGCGGUGAUGGCAUCAUCGGCAGGCGCAUCGCUGUAUCCUCUGCGAGCACUUCGUCUUCUUCCAUAGCCGAGGGAGUGGUGGGUUUCAAUUACGGGGCAAUACCUUUAUCUAAUUUAUAGUCCCUCUCAUCAAAGUCCAACAUUUCUCGGCGAGAGAUAUAGCGGUCGCCCACUGCGUGCCUCACCAUGUGUAUUCCAAGGCUAGACAGCCGGAAUGCCGCAACGCCUGUCACGACAGGAUACAUGGAGACAGGCCUGCCGACCUAAUUGAAUCAACUGAGAUGAAUUAUCCGCCACUUUACCAUUACGGGAGAGAAUGUUCUUGGAGUCAAGAUAUGCCUUUCCUCGCAGCCACCAUCAACGGACAUACUACCCAAGGGUACGAGAGCGCUCAUAAAACCUGAUCAACGUUUAAGGUCAACAUGAAGCAGGGUUCUAUAUCAAUUUGACCCUGGCAUCUGAAGAAAACCAUCGCUGAACGGAUGCCUACACACCUCGGCCGCAAAGAAGAUGCUCCUUCGUUCUGAUUUUAAUGUUCUCGGACGGGCUACAUAUGUAGACUACCAACAGUUAGACAAUCAGGGUGUCCAUAAUUAUAAGCCCAAGAAAGUAGAGCCUUACAGUAUUUAUCAUGCUCUAUGUUAAUAAAAUGUGGGCAUUUGGCAAAAGCCUCAGAAAAUACUGACAAAAAA